AUGCCGUUUCCGAAGUACCCGGUGGAGACAUUUGCGUGUAUCUGGAGACACUGUGGAGUCAACAGAUCUCGGUUCGACAAGUCCUUGAACAGUCCCAUCCUUGCACAGCAAGCCUGGCAAGGAGUCAACGUGAACCGUCGCCCCGUUCGCCAGUUCUGGAACCCCAAGGUUGCCCCAGUUGCCAGUCUCGGCAGCAACAAGACAGAAUCCACUCUCGAUCUCAUCGUUGACCUGACGUCACAACGACUCAGCCAACCCCCUUCUGCCUUGCAGGCCUUGCAGAACCGCUGCCCGCGCCCCGCGAGCAAUCAGAAAACCUCUGCCCGCGUGUAUCGACCAAGGGGUGCACCGAGAGAAACGCACUCACGCGCACUCGACAGCAACACCGAACACCGUCCCUCCUCACACCUCACUUUCUCUCUCAACCGCCGCCCAGACUCUCUGAAGCAAGCAAGCAAGCAGAAUCAUCCAAUGAUGACGGCGUCCGCUCCUGCUCAGCAGACUCCACUCCAAACUCUCCGCGACGAACCCGACAGCCCUGCCUCAAAGCCGCCUGCACAGCAAUCUAUGCAAAGUCCCGUACCUGCGCGCCCGGAAUCCUCGUCGCACACUAUGCACCAUACCGAGCCACGACCUGCGGCUGGAGCCAGCGAUCAUGAUCAUACUUCCCGGCACGAUGAGUAUGAGGUUGUCGAGGUCGAGGAUGGACAGGCUGGGGUGGAAGAGGCGCCCAAAGCCACCUUCUCACGCCCGCCUCUGCCUCGUCUGAACUCCCAGUCGCGGGCAGCUUCCUCGCCGGCGCCAUUCCAUGAAACCAAUCCUCCGGAGUAUCCUCAUCGACAGGUUAGCUACACGAGCACCCCACAACCAGAGCAAGGCGGGCCUGUCCACCUGCAGGGCUCGCGGGAGAUACCUAUCCCAAUGAGGCCAUCGUCUACACAAUACCAAACGGGUCCCGAGGCAUCAACACCGCCGACAACCGAGACCACAGACAAUGGCAUAGACGAGGGCUCGCAAGAUGUCAAAUCAUCGUCGCAAGGCAACACCCCGAAGCCACAAGAAAAGAAUGCCCCGAUCGCGAUCCCAAAGGUCACACCUCUGUCUUCAGACCUUAGGUUGCCCCCAAACCUUGCUGAGCUAGCGCAAGGUCUGGAUGGCAAGUACGUUGAUGAGUUUGGAAACAUUUUGGACUGGAAUGGUCAAGUGCUUGGACGUGUGGAAGGUGACCUGCCGUCCAUGAUCGGACGACCAGUCUCAGUAACGGGCGAGAUCUUCAGCGAAGACGGCGAGGUGGUCGGUUACGUAGCGGAGAACGAUACCAUUCCACCAACGCCUCCGUCUCCUAAGCCCAUUGAAGGCAUGGGAGACGGACUGAAGGUGGACCACUUGGGGAACAUCCUCGACAAGCAUAACAAUGUCGUCGGUCAUUUUGACGGCGCUCCUCUGGCAAAGUCUGUUCAGCAGACAGGCCAGUCGAGUAGCUCAAACCAGUCCAGCAAUCCUCGACCCGGUUACAUGCCCGACACGCAUACUAGCUGCCCUCAAUGUACUGCUCAUCGACAGUCUAAGCCAUCAGCUGAUACUCCCAGCCCGUCCGAGAUAUUCAUGGACGUCAAGUCAACCAAUGAUGGUAUUCAGCUCAUCAUCAAGAUCCCAACUGUAUUUCACGGUGGUGGGAAUCCCAAUAUCCAUAUAGGAACCAGAUGA